CAACGUCGAUUCCGGCAUCAGCAGGACCUUCAAAGGAGCUGGUGGAGGGAUAGCGGACAUUUCUGAGGCCUCUGCACUGGCCGCUCAGUUCGUUAUAAAGCACCAACAACAACAGCAGGAGGCCGCCGCUGCCGCUGCCGCUGCCAAGAAAGCAACCUCAGCGGCAGAAACCAACAGUGCAUCUGCUACUGGCACUACCGUUGGCAACGACUCUAAAUCUCGUGGUUCGGUUGUGGAUAACGCCUCGCCCUCUACAGAGGCCCCUUCCUCUACCACUGUUGAGCCAGCUGAGCUGCUAGAUAGCGAACUGUCGUCCUUCGUUGAACGGGGUUCCCGGAGGAAGAUUCAAAUCAUGUCCGAUUUGUGCCAUCAGGUUAUUCCCUCUGCCAAGGUUCCGAUUGUGGUGCUGUCAUGGAUAGGGCCCAACGGCAACGUACAGAUUGUGGAUGUGAGUAUCAAUAAUCAGCUCCCUCUACAUAACACUGCGUUACUACGGAACUAUGUGGAGAUGGACAAACGUGUCCAAAUCCUGGCGCUCUGUGUGAAG